AUGGCCCAACUCAGCGAAGUCCACCCUGGGAACUUUCUCUUUUAUGGUAAGCUGCGUGGGAUACAUGGAGUAUUAGGGGAGGGGGCAGUAGCUUGGAUGGGGGACACAUCCUGCUCCUUCCAGUACGUUUCCGAGCACAAUUCAAAGUGUUGGUGCUGACCUUUAAAGCCCUAAACGGCCUCGGUCCAGUAUAUCUGAAGGAGCGUCUCCACCCCCAUCAUUCUGCCCGGACACUGAGGUCCAGCGCCGAGGGCCUUCUGGUGGUUCCCUCCCUGCGAGAAGCCAAGUUACAGGGAAGCAGGCAGAGGGCCUUCUCAGUGGUGGCACCCGCCCUGUGAAACGCCCUCCCACCAGAUGUCAAAGAGAACAACAACUACCAGACUUUUAGAAGACAUCUGAAGGCAGCCCUGUUUAGGGAAGCUUUUGAUGUUUGAUGUAUUAGGGUACAGUGGUACCUCAGGUUACAUACCCUUCAGGUUACAUAUGCUUCAGGUUACAGACUCCGCUAACCCAGAAAUAGUGCUUCAGGAUAAGAACAGAAAUUGUGCUCCGGCAGCACGGCAGCAGUGGGAGGCCCCAUUAGCUAAAGUGGCGCUUCAGUUUUAAUACAGACCUCUGGAACGAAUUAAGUACUUAACCUGAGGUACCACUGUAUUUUAAUAUUUUGUUGGAAGCCGCCCACAGUGGCUGGGGAAGCCCAGCCAGAUGGGCGGGGUAUAAAUAACAAUAAAGACAUCGAGGAGAGAGCCAAUCUCACUUCCCUAGGCAGGGAAUUCCAAAGUUGCCUGGGAGGAGCCACCACCGAGAAGGCCCUGCCCACCUAGCUUGCCAGGGAGGGGGGCAGCAGGACUGAGAUAUGGGCCUCCCCCUGAGGAUCUCAAACCUCAGGCAGCUCCGUGCGAGGAAUAGAAGCCAUUAUGGUAGCACCAGCUCCGCAAAGAACAGCAAGCUAGCCAGGCUCUGGCUUGCAGCAGCCUUCCAAGUCCUCUCUGGCUGAGAGGGCUGCUCUGUGGAAGUUCCUGAGAUCUGUUUUUCUAACUGGAGACGACUCUGCCACUGUGCUGUGCAUGCAGAAAGGCUCCCAUUGAAAAAGGCAGAUGGAAAAAGUUAACAAUGGCAUGCAAGCCCCACCUGUUUUGGCUUUUUUUGCUGGAAAGAUUCACCAGAAAUUCACUCCCUUUCUCUCUCUCUCGCCCCCCCCCCACAUAAUUUAUGUAGAUUUACUCCUCCGUUUCCAGUAACACUUUCCAUGUGCUUCUCUUCCCCCACAGAGCUCGUUCCAAAGCUAUGCUGGCAGAGAGGGGUGGUGAGGGAAUCUGUCCCCCUGCGGGGAAAGAAUAAAUCAGCCCGUGCGAUCCGGGAGGCCCCUUGAGCUGGCGACAUUUGGCACAGCGUCUCAAGAGUGGCGCAGUGUCUGAGAGGGGUCCCCAGCGGUCCAGGCAGGGGCGCGGUUGGCGCUGUGGGUUAAACCACAGAGCCUAGGACUUGCUGAUCAGAAGGUUGGCGGUUCGAAUCCCCGCAACGGGGUGAGCUCCCGUUGCUCGGUCCCUGCUCUUGCCAGCCUAGCAGUUCGAAAGCACGUCAUGUGCAAGUAGAUAAAUAGGUACCACUCCGGCGGGAAGGCCAAUGACGUUUCCGUGUGCUGCUCUGGUUCGCCACAUGACCUGGUUCUGGCCACAUGACCUGGAAGCUGUACGCCGGCUCCCUCGGCCAAUAAAGCGAGAUGAGUGCCGCAACCCCAGAGUCGUCCGCGAUUGGACCUAAUGGUCAGGAGUCCCUUUACUUUACCUCUUUUCACAGAGAUCUCGGUGGUCACUAUUACCUACGGCCCCGUCCGCACUGACCUAAAUCUUACCCAGGACGGAAUGCAGCCCUUAGGCCCUCCGUCUCCCAGCAGCGGGGCAUUUUCUGUGGUGGCCCCUGGAACAAUUUCAUUUGAAUUCAUUUAUGUGAGAAACUUCCCCUCCCUCUCCCCCUUCCAGAUGCCCAGCAGAUGAUGAUCGGCUCCUGCCAGCUGGAGGACAUCGCCGUCCGGGUCUUGACCAGGGUGAUUGGCCACUACCCACACCGCAACCAGAUACUGGUGGACUGCGGCUGGACCGGCCUGAGUCUCCACAGCCUGGGGCAGCUUCCGACAGGCUACGCCCUGGUGGAAGGCCAUCCCAACCUCAAGUAAAUGGAGCUCGCUUUGGUGCUGUUGAUCCUGGCCUUAGAAUAGAAUCAUAGAAUCAUAGAAUCAUAGAGUUGGAAGAGACCACAAGGGCCAUCGAGUCCAACCCCCUGCCAAGCAGGAAACACCAUCAGAGCACUCCUGACAUAUGGUUGUCAAGCCUCUGCUUAAAGACCUCCAAAGAAGGAGACUCCACCACACUCCUUGGCAGCAAAUUCCACUGUCGAACAGCUCUUACUGUCAGGAAGUUCUUCCUAAUGUUUAGGUGGAAUCUUCUUUCUUGUAGUUUGGAUCCAUUGCUCCGUGUCCGCUUCUCUGGAGCAGCAGAAAACAACCUUUCUCCCUCCUCUAUGUGACAUCCUUUUAUAUAUUGGAACAUGGCUAUCAUAUCACCCCUUAACCUCCUCUUCUCCAGGCUAAACAUGCCCAGCUCCCUUAGCCGUUCCUCCUAAGGCAUCGUUUCCAGGCCUUUGACCAUUUUGGUUGCCCUCCUCUGGACACGGUCCAGUUUGUCAGUGUCCUUCUUGAACUGUGGUGCCCAGAACUGGACACAGUACUCCAGGUGAGGUCUGACCAGAGCAGAAUGCAGUGGCACUAUUACUUCCCUUGAUCUAGAUGCUAUACUCCUAUUGAUGCGGCCCAGAAUUGCGUUGGCUUUUUUAGCUGCCGCGUCACACUGUUGGCUCAUGUCAAGUUUGUGGUCAACCAAGACUUUGUCAACAUCUUAAAAGGAACAGCCUCCAAAAUUUGGCUUUCCUACAAAGGGCCUUGCAGGAUCUGACCAAAAGCCCAUCUAGACGUGCAUCCUGACUUGGGGAAGCCCAGAACGCAGGCAAUAGCCUACUGCUGUCAUAUGUCUCACCAGCAUACCGUCUCAGGGCUUAUCUGACAACAUUUUGGAGGUCGCAAGGUGGUUAGAUUGGUCUCAACUAGGGCCAGGGCCUUUUCAGCACUGGCCCCGACUUGGUGGUACGCUCUGUCACAAGAGACUAGGGCCCUGCGGGACCUGACAUUUUUCCGCAGGGCCUGCAAGACAGAGCUGUUCCACCUGGCCUUUGGUUUGGACUCACUCUGACCCUUAUGUUGCCCUCCCGUUAUGGUUUUGAUCUAUGGGCUGCUUUUAAAAUGAGGCUGCAUUUUAAACGGCAUUUUAACCAGUAUUUUAAAUUGGUUUCCCCCCCCCCCCCCAUUAUGUUUUUACUGUUAUUUUACUGGUGUUAACUGCCCUGAGCCCUGCUCUGGCAGGAGAGGGCGGGGUAUAAAUAAUAAUAAUAAUAAUAAUAAUAAUAAUAAUAAUAAUGGCAUCCCACAAUUUUUUCCAUUUGUCCCACGAUUUCUGGGCACAGUUUGGAAACGCCUUCCUUUUGUCUUGCCUCUUUCCAUAGGAAAACCCGCAAAUUUGCUCCUGAAUCAUAACAAGUGUCAAACCGCAGGAAAUGUUUGUUCCGAUUUGGCAGUAAAUCGUAGGUUUUCCAGGGAAUAUUUUUUUUAUACAGCGGUACCUCGGGUUAAGAACUUAAUUAGUUCCGGAGGUCCGUUCUUAACCUGAAACUGUUCUUAACCUGAAGCACCACUUUAGCUAAUGGGGCCUCCCGCUGCUGCCGUGUCGCCGGAGCACGAUUUCUGUUCUCAUCCUGAAGCAAAGUUCUUAACCUGAAGCACUAUUUCUGGGUUAGCUGAAUCUGUAACCUGAAGCGUAUGUAACCUGAAGCGUCUGUAACCCGAGGUACCACUGUAAAUGUCUACCAUUUCGCCUUUUACUCGCCUUUUCUCUAAACGAAAGAGUCCGAAACGCUGCACCGGGUGGUCUCUAAAACCCCUCAAUCAUUUUGGCGGCCAUUUCUGAACCUUUUCCCAACUCGACCAUCUCCUCUUUGAGGUGAGGCAGCCAGAAUUGUACACCGUCCUCCCAAACGCGGUUGGCACCUUACAGGUGCCAUGUCUGCCUCACACCCAUGAGAUGGCUAUUUUCGUGUGGCAGCACCUAACCCCCGGAACUCCCUGCCACUUGACUUCAGGCAGGCGUCUUCCGUGAUCUCUUUGCGGCGCCGGCCUGAUGUCAAUAGGCAACCUGAGGCAGGGUAGGGGGGGACCAGAGACUCUGAAGCAAAUCCCAACAGGCUUACGGAUCCCUCUUCUCCCUCUGCAGGUUGGUAGGGAUGUCCCAGGAGCACGGCAGAAUCGAACCCGUGGCAGGCAAGCUGGAUUUUGCCCAGUUCCCCCUGGGCAGCCUCCUGGCGCUGAUCCCUUAUCACGUAAGUACGGCUUGCGCACUGGAGAGCAUUUGCGCGCUGAGAUGCUGGUGUGCCUUCAGCUUCGCUGGAGGGAAGAGCGUCUCUGCCCAUGUUCAGAGUGCAUUUCCCUCUGUGCCUCUGUGCGUGUGUGUGUGUGGUCUUCCCUCCUGAUCCUCUCUCUGUCUUGCGCGCGUGUGCGCACGCGCGCACACGCACACACACACCUCUUUUUGGGGGGGAAUAAUUUUUAUUGAGUUUUACAGAUUUUAUCACCAUCACAAACAACAUUAUCUCAAAAACAAAAUAGGAUAUAAAUCCCCCCCCCCCACGACUUCCCUCAACUUCCUUUUCUGGUUCUUUGAACGUUUCCUUACCCCUUCUUGUUUUAUUUUACCUUAAUAUGCAGUCUUUAACUUAAAUAUUAUUACAUUCUUCACAUUUUUAUACCCUACUUGUUUUCACAUUUCCUCUUGCGCUUUAUUAUUUUCCCAUUUUUAAAUCUUAAUUUCUAAGCAGUUAAUUGUAAGUGUUUACUCAAACCCUGCUGGCGGGUCUACAUCUUUAUGGUUUUUCUGUAGGUACAACAUAAAUGGUUCCCAGUCUUUUUUAAAAUCUCUAUUGUCCUUAGCCAGGGUUCAUCAACCUUUUCCAGCCGUGGGCCGGUCCACUGUCCCUCAGACCUUGUGUGGGGCUGGACUAUAUUUUUUGGGGGGGAAAUGAACGAAUCUUGAUGGAAUCUUUCAAGGAGUUGGAGAUGGCUCCAGAUAACCAGCACCCCCUGGCCAGCGUCAGAGGCGCCAUUCACCUGAGGAGCUUGUAGCCAGGAAAGGGGAGGGAAAUGAACGAAUUCCUAUGCCCCACAAAUAAUCCAGAGAUGCAUGUUUAAUGAAAGCACACAUUCUACUCAUGUAAAAACACCAGGCAGGCCCCACAAAUCACCUAGAGAUGCAUUUUAAAUAAAAGGACACAUUCUACUCAUGAAAAACACACUGAUUCCCGGACCGUCCGCGGGCCGGAUUGAGGAGAUUGGGCCGGAUUCGGCCCCCGGGCCUUAGGUUGCUUACCCCUGUCCUUAUCUCUUAAGUUUUGCACUUAGCUUCGCCGUUUCAGCAUAUUCCAUCCGUUUUUCUUGCCAAUCUUCUUUCAUUGGAGUCUUGUCAUCUUUCCAUUUUUGGGCUAGGAAAAUCCUAGCUGUUGUUGUCGCACACAUAAAUAACUUCUGUUCUUUUGGCAAGUCUUGACCUAUAAUGCCUAACAAAAAGGUUUCUGGCUUUUAUUUUUUAAAAAAGGAUUUUUUUAUUUACAAUUUCAACAUAACAAAAUAUCAAAACAUGUCGUAUUCGUUAUUUUUUCCCCUUCCCCCCCCCAUCAAACUCUCCCUCCCCCCCCAACUUCCCUCAGCUCCUCUCUCUGAUUUCUCACCACAUAUUGUUCUCUGCAUACUGUAAAACUGUAUAAAUCCUUAUAUUAUCUCUCUACUGUGUCAACAGUCCAUAAAUCUGUGUAUGUUUAUUCAAAACCUGCCAAGGAGUCCAAUUCAUUCUGUUGCCUUUUUAAGUAAUUUGUAAAAAGUUCUCAUUCUUCUUUGAAGUCACAGUUGUCCUUAUCUCGCAGUUUGUAUGUCAAUUUCACCAGUUCCGCAUAGUUCAUCAAUUUUUCUUGCCACUGUUCUUUUGUCGGGGUUUACUCAUUCUUCCAUCCUUGUGCUAUCAAGACUCUUGCCGCUAUUGUUGCAUACAUAAAUAGGUUCUUUGUUUUUUCUUUGCAGGUCUGGUCCUACAAUCCCUAACAGAAAUGCUUCUGGUUUUUGUGGUUGUUGUUUAGGCGUUUAGUCGUGUCCGACUCUUCGUGACCCCCUGGACCAGAGCACGCCAGGCACUCCUGUCUUCCACUGCCUCCCGCAGUUUGGUCAAACUCAUGUUUGUAGCUUCGAGAACAGUGUCCAACCAUCUCGUCCUCUGUCGUCCCCUUCUCCUUGGGCCCUCCAUCUUUCCCAACAUCAGGGUCUUUUCCAGGGAGUCUUCUCUUCUCAUGAGGUGGCCAAAGUCUUGGAGCCUCAGCUUCAGGAUCUGUCCUUCCAGUGAGCCCUCAGGGCUGAUUUCCUUCAGAAUGGAUAGGUUUGAUCUUCUUGUAGUCCAUGGGACUCUCAAGAGUCUCCUCCAGCACCAGAAUUCAAAAGCAUCCAUUCUUCGGUGAUCACCCUUCUUUAUGGUCCAGCCCUCACUUCCAUACAUCACUACUGGGAAAACCAUAGCUUUAAAUAUACAGACUUUUGUUGGCAAGGUGAUGUCUCUGCUUUUUAAGAUGCUGUCUAGGUUUGUCACUGCUUUUCUCCCAAGAAGCAGGCGUCUUUUAAUUUCGUGGCUGCUGUCACCAUCUGCAGUGAUCAUGGAGGCCAAGAAAGUAAAAUCUCUCCCUGCCUCCAUUUCCUCCCCUUCCAUUUGCCAGGAGGUGAUGGGAGCAGUGGCCAUGAUCUUCGUUUUUUUGAUGUUGAGCUUCAGACCAUGUUUUUUUUUACAAAUGUCCUUUUAAACAUUUUCUUCAGCUUCUGGCUUUUUAACAAACACACAACCCUUGUGUCCCCAACAGGCCUGCGCCACCGCUGCCAUGCAUCCUGUCUACUACGUCCACAGCGAGGGACGUGUGAUCGCUACCUGGAAACCAGUCAGAGGCUGGUAG